AUGACUCAAGAGGCGGAGCGUAAAAGGGAGCAUAUUGGCAGCGGCGACCCGGCAGCAGUGAGCAUACCAAGACUGUGGCCAGAUUAUGAAAUGAAUAGCAUUCCUGGCCUGCCCAAACGGUGCCCUCUCAUAUUGGUGGACCGCAGGAAUUUGGACCUAGACAACGUAACUGGAAUGGUCUCUUGGAAUGAUAACAGGAAUUUGGACCUAGACAACGUAACUGGAAUGGUCUCUUGGAAUGAUAACAGGAAUUUGGACCUAGACAACGUAACUGGAAUGGUCUCUUGGAAUGAUAACAGGAAUUUGGACCUAGACAACGCAACUGGAAUUGUCCAUCUCUCACACACCACCCAGUCCUCCACAGCCACCCCCUCAGUCUCUCACAGCCACCCAGUCUCUCACAGCCACCCAGCCUCUCACAACCACCCAGUCUCUCACAGCCACCCCAGUCUCUCACAGCCACCCCUCCAGUCUCCCCAGCCUCCCCUCAGUCUCUCACAGCCCCUCAGUCUCUCACAGCCACCCAGCCUCCCACAGCCACCCAGCCUCUCACAGCCACCCAGCCUCUCACAGCCACCCCUCAGUCUCUCCAGCCACCCAGCCUCUCACAGCCACCCAGCCUCUCACAGCCACCCCUCAGUCUCUCCACAGCCACCCAGUCUCUCACAGCCACCCCUCAGCCUCUCACAGCCACCCAGCCUCUCACAGCCACCCCUCAGCCUCUCACAGCCACCCAGUCUCUCACAGCCACCCAGCCUCCCACAGCCACCCCUCAGUCUCUCACAGCCACCCCUCAGCCUCUCCACAGCCACCCAGCCUCUCACAGCCACCCCUCCAGGUGAAUUAACUAUUAAAAUUUGUGUUUGCCUCUCUUCUUCUUCUUCUUCUUCUUCUUCUUCUUCUUCUUCUUCUUCUUCUUCU